AGCGCCGACGCGCCACGUCCGGAUACACCACGUGAUUUCCGUGUGAUUUGGAGUUUUCGACGAACAUGGAUGCCGGCAUCGUCGUGUUGGUGACCGGCGGCACGGGACUCGUCGGUCGCGCCGUGCAAGCAGAGGUCGAGAAGUUGUCGACGAUCAACGAGACGUGGAUCUUUGUCGGAUCUGCCGAUGCGGAUUUAACUGACUUGGCGGCAACUCGGCGUCUGUUCGAGAUGCAUCGACCGACGCACGUGCUGCACCUGGCCGCGCGCGUCGGCGGUCUGUUCAAGCAGCUGCAUGAACCCGUCGAGUUUUUUCGCGCGAACUCAUCCAUGAACGACAACGUCCUCGCGUGCGCCCAUGACGUGGGUGUGACCAAAGUCAUCUCGAUGCUGUCGACAUGCAUCUUCCCCGACAACACGACAUACCCCAUCACGGAAUCGAUGCUACAUCUCGGCCCGCCGCAUGCGUCCAACAUCGGGUAUGCGAUCGCCAAGCGCAACUUGGACAUCCUGAGUCAGUGCUACGUCCGCCAGCACCGCAAGUGUUUCACGUGUGUAAUUCCGACCAACGUGUUCGGGCCGCACGACAACUUUCACUUGCAAGACGCUCACGUCAUCCCGGCCCUCGUCCACAAGUGCUACCUGGCAAAGCAGCGCGGCGACGCUUCCUUUGUUGUCGGUGGGUCCGGCACUCCGCUCCGUCAAUUCAUUUUCAGCCACGACUUGGCCAAACUUCUCCUGUGGGCCAUUCGUUUCUACGACGACACGUCCGAGCCACUCAUUCUGUCCGUGGACGAUGAGCUCUCGAUUGGAGACGUCGCCGUGGCGAUCGCCAAGGCCAUGGACUUUCACGGCACCGUCAAAUUCGACGCGACUCAACCCGACGGCCAAAUGAAGAAAACAGCGAGCAAUGCCAAGCUCCGCCGCCUCGUCCCGGCCUUUCAGUUUACGUCGUUCCAGGAUGGCAUCGCGGCGACGGUGGAAUGGUUUAUCAAGCACUAUCACGACUGCCGCAAAUAAACCCCAUGGACCGUCGUACUUGUUUAGCAUCGGUCUGGCUCGUCUUCUCACGGAAAUGCUUGCAGUCGUG